UACUAUUACGAAGAAAGGGCAUUGAUUGCUUAUUUUAUGUGUGAAGAAUAGUGUAGUGAUUUGUGGUGAUUUUUAAUAAAAUAUUUUCCUUCAACAUUUAACAACAGGAGGAGAUUUGAGAAUUUCAACAAAGUCAUUGACUUACCGGAGUUUCAAACUCGGAAUUUUUAUCUGUUGUCGUCGCCGGCGCCGGUGAAAUGAGUUCGGCGAGGAAUCUGAUCAACAUAAGUGAAUUUACUAGAAAGAUCGAAGUUGACAAUCAAAUUCCUAUCCAAUAUUACUACAAUAUCGCUGAUAACCUUCUCAAAGAGGCAAACAAUCAUCGGCAGGAGAACAAUAUCAUAGAUCUGUACAUUCUGCUUCUCAGAUACGCAGGUAUUUUAUCAGAAACUAUACCUUUCCACCGAGACUACAUUACUUCAAAUGAUACAGAAAAGAGAUCUUACAAAAAGAAAUUACUGGAUGUCAUUCAUGAGCUGGAAUCCUUAAGGCCAGAAGUUGAAAGGGAAAUUACUAAAGUGAACAAAGAACAUGCAUUGAAGGAACAGAAUCGACUAAACAAUCUGAGAAAAGUGCAAGAUGUUUCACAGGCAUCAUCGUCUAGACAGCCGGCUGUUAGUAGAAUGGCUUCCUUAUGGCCAGUCAAUAAGCAGGCAAGGCAUUCAAGACUGACUCUAACUAUCCGUCGCCCUGUUGUCCCUGAAACUGUACCUUCAGCACCACCAAUUGAAAAUUUGGUCAUAGAUGAUAAUACCCCAGUCCAGUCUGGUUUAUCUGAAUCUAGUUUUGUGGAUUCAUCUUCUUCAACAACAGAGAAGUUAUUGAAAAGACACGACGGAGGGAGUACUAAUACUGCUUCAUCAUGUAUAAUAUGCUUUGAAGCUGCAAUUGAAGGGGCUUGUGUACCAUGUGGCCAUAUGGCUGGGUGCAUGUCUUGUUUAAACGAGAUUAAAGCUAAAACCUGGGGUUGCCCUGUCUGUCUCACUAAGAUCCAGCUGGUUUUACGUUUAUAUGCUGUUUAACAACUAAAGAAGGAUACCUUGAUGUAAAUGUUUUUACCAUUUAUCUACUUUACUGUGUUCUGUA